UUUGGUGCAGCCCUAUUACUGCUGAAGAAUCCCACAAUCCCCCUGACAAAGUGAUUCAACGACCGGCUUGAAAUGUUCCUUUCUCCUAUUUUAAUGUUUAAUGUAAAUCCGCGGAGAUUAAUUGGCCUAGCCUAAGUUUACCCAUCAUGUCAUCCGUCCAAAUUCAACCUCAUGGAAAUGAGAACGCUACUAUGGGCAUUAGUGCCCUCGCCGUCGUCCUCGCCGUCAUAUCUGUUGCCCUGAGAUUUUAUACGCGCAUCUUCACACGUGCUGGUCUCAAAGCUGACGACUGGUUGAUCAUGUUAGCUGUCAUAGCGACAUUGAUAAGUGCAGUCUUACUUCUAUGGGCCAAUGCAGUAUCUCCAGUUGGUCUAUGGGUCUCGGAGAACACCAAUCCGGAUUAUGUCUAUACACCUGGCGACAUAUUAUACCUGAAGUUGGCUUUCAUCACCUCGAUCUUCUACUUCACAAUCUCAGGGGCUACUAAGCUUGGCAUCUUGAUUAUGUACUACAGAAUUUUUGCUCUUAGUACGGCUUUUCGUUACAUGAUCUGUUUCGCCAGCGGGCUGAUUGUAGGAUGGUGGGUCGGGUGUACUGUAGCUACUCUGACCAACUGCAUCCCCCUCGAGUGGAGCUGGCUCAACAGUCUCUCAGACCCACGAUAUUGUCUCAACUAUAACAUCUUUUGGAUGGCCUCGGGAUCUUGCGAGAUAUUCCUGGAUGUCCUAAUCUUGACAUUGCCGAUUACAGUGGUGACGAGAAUGCGACUGUCUCUAGAGCAAAAGCUCACGGUGUCGGGUAUAUUUCUUCUAGGUGGCUUCGUAAUAAUAACUGGACUUGUUCGAGUGAUACUAGGCUAUCCACCGGGUCGCCGUGUACCAUCUUACUCAAAUACUGAGGUAUGGACUUCGGUACAUGCUGGCAUGUCUAUCGUCUGUGCCAGUCUACCUAUCCUCAAACCACUUGUCAGACGCAUUUCAGGGUCACGUUCUAUGACGAAGAUCUCCAGCAUCCUAUCGUUGAGGCGCAACGGUGAUAGUCUUCGGUGGAACCCUAAUAGAGGAACACCUGACUCAAGCAGAUGCGAUAGUAGUGGCGAACCCGAAAAUAACGACCUGAUGAAAAUAUCACCCCUGGUGACUAUUGGAGGAACUCCGAUGCCAGAAAGCCACUUCUACCAACCUAGAGUAGCAUAUUCAGGGAUUAAAGCUGCCAGGUCGACAACUCAGCAAGAACUCAAUUCGGAGAUAGGCGCAGAGGAACGUGAAGGGGGGAUGUUUCUACAACUGCCUCAGAUUGAGAUAUCAGAGGGUAUUAAACUACCCUUCCAGCAUACGUCCCCUUAAGUGGUAGCCCUACUAAGGU